CAGACCUACAGUACUCCUGUCGUAGUAUCUCUCUAUGGCCUUGUGUUUUCUGUACAUCGCUGUCGUCUCCUCAGUCACUAGCCGCGCUCUGUGUUCUUCGGGAAAAGGAGGAGAGGAUUGUAAGUUUGCAACCAGCAGAGCUUUGCCCCGGGGCGUCGGCACGCACUGCCACCUCGCCCUCGAGGCCUCGACGGCGCCACAGUGCCACACCCAUUCUCUGUUGAUCCCUAGCUGUAGUUGUAGCUGGCAGAUGGACAAGGCGGCGGUUGUUCCACUUCCAAUCACCGGAGGAGUCAACGACGAUCGUACUGCUGCGCUGCAGCAGUGGGCUUCCACCGUCGGCUUCGGAGGCGAGGUGGGGCGCCUCGUCGAAGCCCACCGACGCCUCGACUCGGUGCUCGCGGAGACGCAGGGGAAGGAGAUCCGGAACAAGGAGCUCCAGCGGCGCCUCAGGGAGGCCUCGCAUGAUGCUGCCCGCGCCCGUGACCUCCUCGGCGAGCUCGAGUACUACCGCAUCCGCGAGGAGGUGGAGCGCGACGACCACGAUAAGCUAUUGCAUGACAAUGCAAAUGGAAAUUUGCUUCUCUCCAUGCCUCAAAGGGAUGUUGAGUUCUUUAACAAUGAUGCAGCAAAAGAUGACAAAGACACCACAGAAAGUUCUCUUAGCAACACAGAUUCAUCUGCAUCUGCUCUUCAGGUUACUACGUACAUUGCUAGUAGCAGUAGUCCAGUACCCUAUCUGGAGACUCUUAACAAGUGCAUCUCGAAUGAGAUAAGUAAAUACACUGAAAAAUGCUACAGGAUAGCCAAACAGGUGAGUGAAGCUCUUGAGCUUGAAAGUCUGGAUUACCUUUACGCGCACAAAUACCAGAGAACAAGAACAGAUCAUCGGGAGACAUCACCAUGCCAAAGUGAACCCAAAGUUCAUGGGAGGGACCAACAGCGUGACUUGAUAAUAAGCAAGUUAACAAGUGAGGAAUGUGCUAGGAAGAAACUCUCUAUCCUUGCCAUCAUCGGUGAUGGAGGUAUUGGGAAAACUACUCUGGCUAAGCUAGUCUUCAACAACUCAACAGUGUCAAAGCAUUUUGACGUUCUGUUAUGGGUUUAUGUAUCUGUUCACUUUGAUCAAAAUAAGAUUAUGCAGGAAAUGUUGGACUCCUUUUGCGGGGAUGAGCAUGAUGAAAUCAAGAAAUCGAAGGAGCUUCAACUCCAAGACAAACUUGACUACUUAUUGAAGUCAAAACGAGUGCUACUUGUUAUGGAUGACAUGUGGGAGGAUAGCACAAAGGAAAAAUGGGAUGAGCUGUUAAAUCCAUUGCUUAAAAACGAUGUUAUGGGGAACAGUGUUCUUGUCACAACUCGUAAACCAUCUGUGGCAACAAUGAUAGAAGCAGCAGAUCACAUCAACCUGGAUGGUUUGAAAAAAGAUGACUUUUGGUGUUUGUUCAAGGAAUGUGUAUUUGGACAUGAGAACUAUAAAGGAGAACCAAGACUGGAAAAAAUUGGGCAGCAGAUAGUUGACAAGUUAAAGGGCAAUCCUUUAGCAGCAAAGACUGUAAGCAAAGUAUUGAGAAGGAGCUUUGACGUUGAUUACUGGAGGAGAAUUCUGCAUACCGGUGAAUGGAAGUACAAAAAUGAUGAGAAUGAUAUCAUGCCGGCCUUGAUGAUCAGCUACAAAUAUCUUCCAGCUCACCUUCAAAGUUGUUUCUCGUACUGUGCUGUGUUCCCAAAGUAUCAUAGGUAUGAGAAAGAGCGUCUGAUCGAUAUGUGGAUAGCGCAAGAUUUGCUAUGUUCCGCUGAUAUUCACACACGACCUGAGGACAUUGGAAAUGAAUACUUUGAUGAUCUACUUGAUUGGGGAUUUUUCGAAAAACAGUUUGAGCACUCAACCUUACUCAUCAUGCAUGAUCUAAUUCAUGAUCUGGCACAGAAGGUUUCAUCUGACGAAAGCUUUACCAUAGAGGGCAAUGAGCCUAGGAAUGCACCGCCAUGUGUUCGUCAUGUCAGUGUAAUAACAGAGUGGGAGUACAAAACAAAAUUGAAUGGCACUGUGUAUCCUAAUGAUUCUUUCCUCCAAGAGUUCUCUAAUUCCUUCCGUGAGUUGCAACAAAGGAGCUUAAGCACAUUGAUGCUGUUUGGGCCACAUGACUUGGAUUUUGCAGACACGUUUCGGCAAGAACUCAAUGAGGUAAGGUCAAUCCGUGUGUUGAAACUGGAGAUGGUCUUCUUUGACUUGGAUUCAUUGAUAGGCAACAUCUCAGCAUUUGUCAAUCUUCGCUAUCUAGAACUGGGCUGCUUCUACAAGGGCCCCAGGCUGGAGCUACCAGAAGCUAUAUGCAGGCUGUAUCACCUUAAAGUCCUGGAUAUAAAGAAGAACUGGGGUCCUAGCACAUCUUUGCCAAGAGAAAUGAGCAAGCUUGUUAACUUGCGGCAUUUUAUUGCUGAAAAGGAGUUACAUGCAAAAAUAGCUGGCAUCGGAAAGAUGGUUUCCCUGCAGGAGCUAAAGGCAUUUGAUGUCAAAAAGGACCAUGAGUUCAGCAUAUCACAGCUGAGAGGACUGAAUCAGCUAAGGGGAUCAAUAAGCAUUUCUAGUCUUUACAAUGCAGGGCAUGAAGAGGCUAGCCAAGCAAGGCUCUGUGACAAGGAUAACCUAACUUGUUUGCACCUGUCAUGGCUGACUUUAUCUAGGAACCGUGUUGCACGGCGUACUCUUCCUAUCCUGGAGGAUCUUAAACCACAUUCUGGCCUUAAAAAUCUGCAAGUUGUUGGAUACAGGCAUUCUUUACCAUCAUGGCUUUGCAGCACUGUCCAUCUCACCUCUUUGCGGUCACUCCACCUGGAUAGAUGCAUACGUUGGCAAACAAUUCCACAUCCCCAGCAGUUGCCUCUUCUCCAGGAGCUGCAUUUGAUUCAACUGCCUCGUGUUUACAAAAUAGAGAUUGGUCCUCUGAAGGUCCUUGAAAUACGCUGGUUGCAAAAUCUGAGGCAGUGCAUACUUUUAGAUAAGGAACAGUCAUAUGCUACCCUACAGAUCCUUGAAGUGGAGGGAUGCCCCAAAUUGGAUGAAUUUCUAUUGCAGAUUUUCAUGUCUUCGGGUGUACAAAGCACAUACCAAUUUCUUGGUAUUCACAGGCUUAAGAUACACAAUGACUUCCUUCGUGCUAGCAUCCCGCUCCUGCUCCUAAAUUCUUUAUCAGACAUAGAUCUGUGUGGUGAGCACUCAAAAUUUACGAGGUUUCGACUAAAACCAUUUGGCACAUCAGAUGGGUUGAGUCUACAAAUCAAAGGAGAUAGAUAUAUUCAGAAGAUAGAGGAAAGAUUGUUCACAUUAGAGAAACUCAAGGAUCUGCGGGAACUUGAAAUCCGGGACUAUCAAUCAGUGAUAUUCCAACGUCAAUUCUGGGAAGGCUUCGAACAGUUGACAUCAUUGAAAAAGUUUAGAGUGAUCAAGUGCCCAGAAAUAUUUUCUACCAACUUUGAGCUAUUUCUGCCUCCGUCAGUUGAGGAACUUGAGUUGAGUGGAUGCAACAUUACAUUGAUACAACUAUCACAACUCCUCGUGAACCUUCAUUUACUUAAGAGUUUCAAGUUAACUAAUUGCCAAGGGGUAACAUCCUUACCUGUAGGGUUGUUUACAGAUGAACAGAACACAAUGUCAGAAGGCUCAUGGCACAUUCCUCCCAGAUGCUUCACGAGUCUGGAAAGUUUGCAAAUCUCUUUCACAACAGCUCCAUCUGAUGCAAAUUCAAUUAUGCACUUUACGAGCAAGAAAGGCCUAGGAAGAUUUGUAUCUCUUAAGAAAAUUGUUAUAGAAAAUUGCCCUACUCUGCUAUCUAGAGCGCUUUCAGGAGGAGCAUCUCAUAUAUCUCCAUCAUCUUUGGAUAAACUCUGCAUGACUGGUAUCCAAGACAGCACUCUGCAGUUCUCAGAUGUCUCUUCCAUCGCGGAUUUAGAUGUGUCUGGAUGCCCGAAGUUGGCAUGUCUCGACCUGAGUUCUUGUACCGCGCUAGAAAAGUUGUGUGUUAUAGAUUGCCGUUUGUUACAGUCAAUUGAAGGUUUGCCGUCAUGCUCAGCACUGAGGGAUUUGAAAAUUCGAAACUGUGCAUUGCUGCCUUCGCUCAGCGCAUCACUCCACACCCUGAAAACACUGAGCAUAGAGAAUAACACAAAUCUAGCAUCUCUGGAACUGAAAUCAUGCACAUCAUUGCAGAAACUAUGCAUCAAAGACUGCCCGGCACUGACAUCAUGGGAAGGUUUGAAAUCCCUUGUUUCUCUUGAGAUCUUGAAAGUUGAAGCGUCUCCUGGGUUCAUAACGAGAUGGAUAUCAGCAGCAGCUGAAGUUAAUAUCGAGGAGAAGAAUUUCUCACUACCACUUGAAAAGCUCAACGUUGAUAACAUUGAUGUCCUUUGUGUGCCCAUAUGCAGCCAGUUAACUUCUCUCAAGAUAUUAUCCAUUGAAGAGGAUCGUCACGAUCCAGAUGGUCAUGUGGAGUUUUUGACAGACAACCAUGUCAAAGGACUGUCAUUUCUCACCUGCUUGAGAUUUCUUGAUCUGGAAAACCUUGAGCAACUCCGGUCACUGCCUGCAGAACUUGGAUCCCUUGCAUCCCUGCAGAGACUACAUGUUGGCAACUGUGGACAUAUUACUUCCCUGCCGGUAGGGGGUCUCCCAGCUUCGCUCAAGGACAUGGAACUCUAUAAUUGCAGCAAAGAACUAAACGUACUGUGCCGAGAUAUGCUUAGACUUCGAAGAAACUUACAUUUGUGGGUGGAUGGCGACGAGGAGGAUUUCUUUUCACAGAAUUGCUCUGACGAAGAAAUAAGUGAGCUUAUGUUCGCAUAUCGUAUAGCCUUUACACCAGGUUCUUUUUUGGAAGAACAGAACAAUACGAGAACACCUUCUAUUUUCGAUGAAGGGAGCAAAAGAAACAAAAUAUCAAAAUACAAGAGAAGAAAAAAGGCUACAGCCUACAGAUGAAAGACUAUUCUUGGAAGUGUUGAAUCUAAAUUGCCUACGUAACAAGAAGCUACGAUUCCGGCUGACACUCUGGAUUUUUUAGACAAUGGAAUCUUUAUUAUAAGACACAGCCAAAUACUGUUACUGUGGAUUGGUGUUGAAAUACUGUCCAGUUUCAAGUGUUAAGGAAAUAGAGCAGAACUUCAGACAUCUUUCCUUUAAAUAAUGGAAUUUUACACGGACAUCUACCACUUUA